AUGGAACAGUUAGACGUAAUAGGGAUUGUGUUGAGGCUAUGCUUAAUGAACGCCUUAAUGACACACUGGAGCCAUGCAGCUUCAAUUCCCAAGAUCCAGUAUCAAAAUAUGAUGGGUGGUCAAGGCUUAUAUAAUGCCAGUGAUGACGUAGUGAUCCUUAAUGCCACAAAUUUCAAAGCGAAUGUUUACGGAAGCAGCAAAAGCUGGCUGGUGGAAUUUUACAACAGCUGGUGUGGCUUUUGUUAUAGAUUUGCGCCAACUUGGAAGAGUCUGGCGAGCGAUAUUCUCUCAUGGAACGAUAUUGUCGUAGUCGCGGCAAUAGAUUGCGCCGAUGACGACAAUAAUCCAAUUUGCCGUGAAUAUGAAAUUAUGCACUAUCCAAUGCUGAAGUAUUUCUCUGUAAAUGAACACCCACCGUCCUUGGGUGUAAUGAUAGAAAAAGGGGACACCGCUGAAUCAGUGAGGCAUAAUUUAAUUAAUAGGCUGGAAAUGGAGCAGCAAGAGGGACGAGGAUCUACAUGGCCCAACAUUACGCCAUACAGGAACGUCGAGGUAACGGACGCGUGGAAGACGAUAUCCAGCAACGUGAAGUACUUCUUCCUGAUCUUCGAGACAGCCGACUCGAAUUUGGGCGCGGAGGUGAUCCUCGAUCUUCACAGAAUCAGCAGCCUGCAGAUACGCCGGGUGACCACCGACAACGAGUUGCUGUGCGUAAUGAGCAAGGUCACCAAGUUCCCGACCGUGAUAGCUUUCGGGCGCAACGAGUCGCAGAAGGUAGUCAGCGUGAGAGUACCGACGAGGGAGGGAAUACGGCGAGCUAUCAAGGACUACGCAGUCGCGAGGGGAGUGAACAUCGACGAGGCGGAUGCGACGGUGUCCCACGAUGUCGUAGAAGACACGGAAGACGCACAGCAAACGCCACCGGCCGUGGAGACUCGCAAGAAGGAGGAAGAAGAGCAGAAGAAAGACCAAUCAUCGAAGGACGAUCAAUCGUCGAGGAAGACCGACGAUUAUCUGUAUCAACUGGACCUGGAGAGUGCGUUGCGCUACUCGAUCAACCACGAGAUACCCUUGACGAAGGUGAUAGACGGCGAGAAGAUGGAGGCGUUGCGGAGGUACCUCACGCUGCUGGCGGAGUAUUACCCCCUGCGACGCGGUAACGCGUACCUGGACGUGAUACGUGACAUCGUCGAGAAGAGGAGUCGCAUAACUGGCAAAGAGUUCAGCCAACUGGUGAAGACAACGGAGGAGGAGAUGUCGCCGGUGUAUUCGGGACCGCCUCGUCGAUGGGUAGGCUGCAAGGGCAGCACGAGCUCGUAUCGCGGCUACCCCUGCGGCCUGUGGACGAUGUUCCACACGCUGUCCGUGAACUUCGCGCUGAAACAGAGCAAGCACACCUCUCAGGAUCCCUCGGCGGUGCUGCGGGCGAUGCACGGUUACAUCGGGAACUUCUUCGGGUGCGCGGACUGCGCCGCGCACUUCGUGAAGACCGCCAGCGAGAAUAGGUACUUGGACGUGCGCAGAGAGGACGAAGCCGUGCUCUGGCUGUGGCGAGUGCACAACCAGGUGAACGCGCGAUUGUCAGGCGACGACACCGAGGACCCCGAGCAUAAGAAGCUGCAAUAUCCCGCGGCGGAAAACUGCCCGGCGUGCAGAUUUGCCAACGGCAGCUGGAACGAGGAUGAGGUGCUACGAUACCUGAAAACUAAGUAUAGCGUUGAUGCCAUCAAGUAUGACGGGAUCGAUGGCUAUGGUGAUGAUGAUAAUGAUGACGGUGCGCUUAACGGCAAUGAUUCGAAAGUGAGGCCGGAGAGACGCGCGAAGGAGCUAAAGCGUAUCACCGGUUUCGGCUGGGACUUGAACGUAUUCGACCUAAGUAUCUGCGUGGUGUGGUACAUAACUUCAUUGGCGAUAAUCGUGUUGGUGUGCGUGAAAUUCGCCGUAAAGAGGACGUACAAAAAGAAGAGCCACAUGAACCCGUUGUCGAAGGUGUAAUCGUUACUUGUUGCUCUCUAUGCAUAAUUAUUACCGACAUUCCAGGACCAACAAGUAUUACUCAGGCAUCUCAGUGUUAACGGAGAAACCAGUAAGUAGUAAAUUUUCAGGUUGUGAUAUCCUCGGGUUAUAAUUGUUUCGAUGAUACCAAUGGAAAUGAUUGCAACUGCGUUGUUGAGCAUUUUCAUUUAGCCACAGUUUUCAAUUUUCAAUUGGUUACAAUAAUGUUUUAAUACUAUUUUUCCAAUAUGUCUUAAGAAACUGUCUAUUUUUGUAUUUAUCUAAUAUCUUGCUCCUAAUGUAAUUAAACAAGAAAUUGUUGUAACAAAAAUUAUUGUAGGAAUAAUUUUCCGAAAAAUUGCAGAUUUGCGGUUACAAUAAGAUUUUCAUUGGCAUCGUCGAUGUGGGUUAAUGUAACUCGAGAAGGAAGAAUCCUUCACCUUUAUUGCGUCAUACUGAACUAAUAAAAAAACUGCCAGUAAUAAAAUAAUAAUAUCCAAGGGAUACAAAUAAUUUGUAUUUUGUGCUAACUUCAGAAGCAGAUUUGGAAUGUUUUUUUAUUUAUGUUACUGUCAAAUAUAUGCAAGAAAAAUACUUUUUUGUUGCAUCCAAAACUGAUAUAUUUUUUAAUAUAAAAAGGAAAAAGACUGUAAUAAAAAUGGAUUGAAUGAAUGAAAAUAUAUUUUAAUCCACUCCAUUUAACAUAAGAUUUUAUAUAGUUUACUUCCUAUUUGAAAUAAAAAGUAUAUAUAAAUGUAUCAUACAUUAUGCAAUUCUAUUUUCUAUCGACAAAAAUUUGUGUAAAUUCUUUUUUGUAUGCUAUGCUUUGAACAGUCAUUUUAGAUUUUUAGAUGUAGAAAAUUAUUAUUAUCAUUAUAGUCAUUGAUUUUGUUUCUUUUAAAAAUAUCUAAUUUGUGUAUAUAUGAAUUAUGCUCAAAGCUCCAUAAAAUCCAUAACCAGUAAUGUAAUACGAAUCAAGAUGCUUUAUGUAAGCAUAUUUUUUGUCCUAGAAAAUAUAAAUUGCAUUGCACUUUAACAACAAAGACUAUCUGAUUUCAGUAGAAACAUAUUUAUUAGAAUCAUGUAAGAGUUUUUAUCAGAUAAGAUCUUUUCAGACAUUGUACAUUACAGGAAUUAACAUUUUUUUACUUUGAUAAAAAUGGCAUAUGUUAUAUAUAGAUUGUGUAAAAAAUCGGAAUUGACGAUAUAUUCUUUGGCGAAUUAUGGAUAACGAUCGAAUUAUUAAAUAAUUAAAAUGUUUUUUAAGUUCUAAGCUUAAUGACUCACUUAAUGAGUCUCUGUUCGCUCAAAGAAUAUAUUAGCAAAAGUGAAUUAUGAUGAAUUAGUACUAUCCACUUUUAUGUUUUUGUGUAAACAAUGUAGAAGUAUUAAUAUAUUCUAUAUCUGAUACAUAGCAUAUAUAGUUAAUUUAAUAACAGUAAAUAUUCGUGAAAUACCUGCGAUUAUUUAAUAUUGCUCUACAAUAAAUAGAUAAACACUCUUGCCACAUAACUAUAUAUAUAUGACAUUAUAUAUAGAUAUUAUAUGUUAAUAAUUAUACAUUAUAGGAUUACACAUAACAUGAAAAAUUAUAAAAUUUGCAGGCGUUAAUUUUGUGCGGUUCUUUACCUAACAGCAUAAAUGUAACACCGCGGCUAAAAUAAUUUUCUGUCGAAAACGUCAUUAUAGUUAUAUUGAAAUCCUAAACGCAAUAUAGCAAUACAAUUAAUUAAUUAUCGCAAGAUGUUAACUGAUAAAAUGUAGCAUAAUUCUAUUAUUAUUUUAUCCUAUAUUUUCAUAUUUCCGGAAGGCAUAUUUGCCUAUGCGUUUUCCUUUUAUACUUUUUAUACAGGUGUUUUUAUAUUUUUACAUAAACAAAUCUUAGAAUAAAUCUCCACCGAUGUUCAAAUAAAAAUACAAAUACGAUAAUUUUUAUUUUUCAAUUAAAUAUUAAGUAAGCUAAAACAUUGCAAAUCACGUGUAAAUCAGUUUUUGGUCGGUCUAUUGUAACUAUGCUCGUACGAUAAAAAUGUAAAAAUAUAAUGUGAUAUACCUGUAAUAUAAAAUGAAUCUUUGUACGUA